AUGGAGGAUUGUGAAAAUGAAAACGAACAAACGAGGAACAAGGAUCGAAGUCCAUCACCGGGCAUCAAAUCAACAGCUGUGGUGAAGUACACAGCAUUCCAGAGUCCAGUAGGAUAUGCUCGGUUGCAGUGCAAUACGGACCUCAAUCUGCCCCCCUCAAACUGGGGAGCAGCCAUUGACUCGUAUGGCUUAAAACAAAUAUUGACUAGAGGAACUGGCUUAUCAAGCUUUAGAAUGGCGCAUAUGUUUCCUGACUGUGUUGGAGAAGUGGAUGUGAUAUCUGAUGCAGAGUGCAUUAAGAAAUUACUGAAAUUACCCUAUCAGCCUAAUGGCACAGUGAGCAUGAUGGUUCACAGAGUGGAGAAUACAUUGUUACUAGAUGACUUUGAUGUCUAUGACUACUUGAUGAAAUCAGAGUGGUCUUGGCUAAAAGACUUCUUCUAUGAAAACAUAGUGAAAACUAUGUCUGAACAGGAACGCAUGUCGCUGACGGGGCUGCGCAUGGGUGGGGGUGCGGCAGGGCGAGCGCUGCAGCUCACGCAGCAAUUCCUGUCGCACAGUGUGCUGCAGCGGCCGCCGCAGCCACUGCAGCCGCUGCAGCCCGACUGCACUCACACCACGCCCGUGUGCCUCGCAGGACCAUUUCUACCGGAACCUGAAACAAAAGUGGAAGGCCCGCCCAAUGAGCACCUCUACAAUAGAAACGUUCUCUGGACCUUUGAAGAUAUCCACAUGUUGGUGGGUAGCGAUCUCCCUAUAUUUGGGGAUAAGGACAGGCCUUGUGUCAGCCUUCGCUUGAGGGAUGCGAGGGAACCCAUCAAUGUCCUCACCGGGAUAGACUACUGGCUUGAUAACUUAAUGUGUAACGUUCCCGAAGUCCUCAUGUGUUACCAUCUAGAUGGUAUUGUCCAGAAAUAUGAACCUAUGAAAACCGAGGACCUGCCAAAUAUGGAAAACUCUAGAUUUUCUCCUAAAGUCAUAAGGAACGUCGCUCAAAAUAUUCUUUCCUUUCUUAAAUCCAACGUUACCAAAGCUGGGCACACUUAUUGGCUGUUCAAGGGGCCACAUGACGAUGUGGUCAAGUUGUACGACUUGACGUCUCUGUGCCCAGACAGUAUGGACAACCCGUUCACCACUCCCGUAGCAAUGUUGCUAUAUCGCGUCGCGAGGAAUAUGCGAUUGACGAACAGGUCGAAACACGUCAAGAACUUGUUGGAGCAUGUUGUGAAGUUGCUCAAAGUGGAGCGGUAUCCUCAAAUAGUCGCGUCGUCUCAUUACAUGCUCGCCGAUCUGUACGUGCCAGCGACAACUAAUCCGGCAUGUCCGGAUUUUAAAGACGAAAGCUCCGAUUCGGAAGACGAAGGUGAAUUUGGGAACUACGCGGAGUUUGCAAAAGACGCCGCGAGUGAUACUGAAAACGCGAACGACAGAGACAACACGUGCACCGUGUGCGACGGAGACGACGCUGGCAGUGCGAGCGAGCGGGACAACACCAGCGACAAGGAAGCCUGUGACAGAGUUGAAAUUACGAGUGAUCAUUCUGAUAAGGAGGAGGAAGUGUGCGAGACGAAGGAGGCAGGGGAGAGGGAGGAGGUCCAGGCUGGUGGGCGGGCGUUGGCGCUGCGGCAUAUUGGUGACCGCAUGCGUGACGCUGCACCGGAGGAGAAGGCGAAGUCGAGUGACGGUGCGGGGGUGGGUGCGGGGUCGGGGGCGGCGGGUGCGGGGGCGGGCGCGGGCGCGGGCGCGGGCGCGGGCGCGGGCGCGCCGGAGCGCUGCGGGCGCGCGCUGGCGCACGCGCUGCGCGGGCUGACCGCGCUACACCACGUCACCAUACACAAGGACAAGGUGGAGGAACGAGAACGGCUGAAACAGCAAAUAAUAAUAGAAGAACAACAUCCGAAAAUGGCAAAUCCGCACGAGCCGAUCAAAAUGAAUUACGAACCAUUGAACAAAAAGAAUCAAGAUCCAAAGGAGCACGUAUCGAGAAGCAGACGCCGGAAACGUGAAAGAAAAUCCACAGAAAAGUCCGGCAACUUCUUAAUAGAGACGAACUCGAACAUUGACAAGAACGCCAUUUUGAUUCGCAAAGAGAACAAGAUGGCGUCGUGGCACGAACCUAGCCGCGACGACAAUUUCGCGUGGAAAUUGCAUUUAAAGACAUUGUUAUACGAAAAAAUUUGUCUCGCGUACGCAACGUUGGCCGAAUACAGUUACUCGCAUGAGCAAUAUGGUUUUUCAUUAAAAUAUAUUGACAUGGCUAGUAAGUGUCAAACGUUGUUGAGCAAUAUGAUCAUCAAGAGUCGGGUUGUGGAUGCGAGCUGCUUGAUAGGUCGCGUUGGUGAUAAUUUCUUUCAGUUGAGCAAAAAUUGGAACAGAUUGGAGCAGUUUAGGAAACAAUUUGAGACUGAUCACGAAAUAGACAGUAACAUUAAGAUGGAGAUAGAAAAUGACAUGUCUGAGGAAAUAGAGGGCGAUGUUACGGAUGAAUUUGAUCUAGAUAUAUCACUGCCAUCAAGCGACACGGAAGCAAUGUUGCGCUCGUGCGACUACUAUCGGAGAGCCGGCCUAGUGGCCGGGGCAAAACGCGCAGAGUUGCUGCGAAGAUUGGCGUCGGUUUGCAACGAGCUCGCCGUGCGGUUCAUGAAUGAUGCACAACAGAUCUACGUAAAAUACAUGGAGGAACCGGACCAAAACGACUCGAAAGCCAAGAUCUUACUGAAACAGUUCACGUCAUUGUCUCGCCGCUCCGCCGAGUGUCUCGACGAGGCGACGAGCAUUUUCGAGCAAGUGAACGACGUGCCCAACCUCGCCUUGCUGUACUGCAACAAGGGGAGGUACAUGAGGUUUAAGGCGCAUUGUGACCAGGGUGGCUUUGGUGUGGAGAAGCGGAGACUGUACGGCGAGGCGGAGACGCUGUACCGGCGAGCGCUGAAGAUGCUGGGCCCGCGCGAGACGUGCGGCGCCGCGUCCGUGUGGGAGCUGGUGUCGUGGGAGCUGUCCUGCCACCUGUACACCCGCGCCGUGCUCAUGCAGGACUGCCCGCAGCUAUACGACAACGAAGUGACUGAGGUGGCCGAGGCAUUUAAACACGCUCUUAAAUACUGUCUCUUGAGUCCAGGGCCUAGGCAGUAUCUCUAUCAGUUCCGAGCGGCUAUGAUAUACCACCGGCUGGGUUCUUUAUACCAUUCACAGUUCAGAAUAACGCAGGAGGACGGUCCGAAGCGGCGGACACUGCUGAAUGCGACGCGCACCAACUACGAGGCUGCGGCGAACCUGUUCGCGGGGCUCGAGGACGCCGCCAUGUUCCUCACCGUGCGCCUCGAGCACGUCGCCGCGCUGGAAGCGCACGCCGCAGUGUCACCAAACCUCAAACUUAAGUCGUUACAAACGGCGGUCCAGCUGCUCCGUCAGUGCCAUUCGAUCAUGAAGCUGCUGAAAAACAGAGACCCGGAAGAACACAAAGAGACGCCGAGACCGGAGGACGGAGACGAAAAGACCACGAAGAAUGAACACAGCCUCCUAUGUCUGUACGAAAACCGCCUACAUCACAUACUGAAGAGCAUCAUACAGUACUGCAGGUCGAAGUCGAAUAAAGAUUACGAUAAAAUGACCGAUAUGUAUAAAAAGCUGUAUUGUGCCAGUUUGAAGAUCAAAAAGGAUGAAGAUAUCAGGUGUUACGCGGCCAGUAUAUGCGACGUGCUAGAGACAAUGGACGAGAUCUCAAAGGAGUUCGAAUAG